AUGACUGAAGACGCCCAUAACUUCAAGUUUAGUCAAUGCUUUGGUGAUAAGGCAGACAUCGUCAUUACUGAAGCUGACAUCAUUUCCACUGUGGAAUUUGAUCAUACUGGUGAUUAUUUAGCCACUGGUGAUCGUGGAGGUCGUGUUGUCUUGUUUGAAAGGAAUAGUAAUAAGAAAAACAGUUGUGAAUAUAGAUUCCAUACAGAGUUCCAAAGUCAUGAUGCUGAAUUUGAUUAUUUGAAAAGUUUAGAAAUAGAGGAAAAAAUUAAUAAAAUUAAAUGGUGUAAAAGAACUAAUCAAGCACAUUUUUUAUUAUCAACUAAUGAUAAGACUAUUAAAUUAUGGAAGAUUUAUGAAAAACAAAUAAGAAUGGUUGCUGAGAAUAAUUUAAGUGAUUUACAAUAUAAUUCAGGUUCUUCAGCAAAUAGUCAUAAUUUAUCAAUUAAUUCAUUACAUUUACCAAGAUUAACAUUACAUGAUAAAAUCGUGGCAGCUUCUCCAAAGAGAAUCUAUUCAAAUGCACAUGCUUAUCAUAUCAAUUCAAUUUCAAUAAAUAGUGAUGCUGAAACAUUUAUGAGUACUGAUGACCUAAGAAUUAAUUUAUGGAAUUUAAAUAUUCCAGAUCAAAGUUUUAAUAUUGUUGAUAUUAAACCUGCAAAUAUGGAGGAAUUAACAGAGGUUAUCACAAGUGCUGAGUUCCAUCCACAAAGUUGUAAUUUAUUUAUGUAUUCUUCUUCAAAGGGGGCAAUAAAAUUGGCAGAUAUGAGAGAAAAUGCAUUAUGUGAUUCUCAUGCAAAAGUGUUUGAAGAAUAUAUUGAUCCAUCAAAUCAUAAUUUCUUUACAGAAAUCACUUCAAGUAUAUCAGAUGUUAAAUUUAGUUCAGAUGGUCGUUAUAUUGCAAGUCGAGAUUAUAUGACUGUUAAAAUAUGGGAUGUAAAUAUGGAGAAGGAACCUGUUAAAACCAUAAAUAUUCAUGAACAAUUGAGAGAUAAACUAUGUGAUACUUAUGAAAAUGAUGCAAUUUUUGAUAAAUUUGAAUGUGUAUUUAGUGGUGAUGGUAAAUCUGUAAUGACUGGUUCAUAUAAUAAUAAUUUUAUGAUUUAUCCAGAUGUUACAAAUCCUGAAAAGCAACAAGGUGAUGAAAUUGUUUUACAAGCUGAUAGAUCAGCUUUUAGAUCUAAAAAGCAACAACAACAUCAAUUGAAUAAAAGAAAGAAUGGUAUUCCAACAAUGUUGAAGAGAGAUUUAGAAUUGGAUAAUAUUGAUUUUAAAAAAAGUAUAUUACAUUUAUCAUGGCAUCCAUUUGAAAAUUCAGUUGCCAUUGCAGCAACUAAUAAUCUUUACAUUUUUUCCACAUUAUAA